AUGAUUUUACAAUACUUUAAUCAGUUUGAGAGCAUCCUCCUGUUUUUAUCUAUCUAUCUAUCUAUCUCAUCUAUCUAUCUCAGUCUAUUCAUAUCUAUUUAUUUAUCUCAGUCUAUCUAUCUAUCUAUCUAUCUAUCUAUCUAUCUCAGUCUAUUCAUAUCUAUUUAUUUAUCUCAGUCUAUCUAUCUCAGUCUAUUCAUAUCUAUUUAUUUAUCUCAGUCUAUCUAUCUAUCUAUCUAUCUCAGUCUAUUCAUAUCUAUUUAUUUAUCUCAGUCUAUCUAUCUCAGUCUAUUCAUAUCUAUUUAUUUAUCUCAGUCUAUCUAUCUCAGUCUAUUCAUAUCUAUUUAUUUAUCUCAGUCUAUCUAUCUAUCUAUCUAUCUAUCUAUCUAUCUAUCUAUCUAUCUAUCUAUCUAUCUAUCUAUCUAUCUCUUUUUUCUCAACCAUCUAACUCCAGACCUUUCAGACACUCAUAGCAAAGGAGAUGUCUUUGGCGAUAAUUUUUGGAAGGAAACCACGGUUGGACAAUCAGCUGCAAAUGUGAAAGCCCUCACUUACUGUGAUCUGCACGUUAUCAAACGUGAUAACCUUCUGAGUGUUCUAAAAUUUUAUCACUCCUUCUCACAUUCAUUUGAGAGGAACCUAACACUCACAUACAACUUAAGACAUAGAUUAGUAUUCCGAAAAGUGGCAGACGUGAAAAAAGAACGAGAACUAGCAGAGAAACGAAAAAAUGACCCACCGCUUGACCUCUCCAGUGACCACCCGGUCAGGAAACUAAUAUCUAGAUUCAGAAAGAUUAGUGAUGCAAGAACGAUGCAGUCAGAUACAGAAAUAGAUUCAAACCAACUGCAAAACAACAACUUGAGUGAAUCUGAAGCAGGCCUGGGUAGUGAAGCCAGGGUGGUUAAUGUUUCUGAAUGUUCAGCCCAAUCAGGCAAUCUACCAAAAUUUGGAGGUGGUGCUCCAAAAUGGGGCAACAAGCUUUUGGGUCGUGAUAAAAACAUCCGGUCACCAGAUUGCAAUACAGCAUGUGACCAAGUAGACACUGAAGACAACAGUAAUAAUAUAGUAGGUGAUGAGCUUAAGGUUCCUGAUAUGAUGCCACCUCGAUCAUCAAUGAAGCCAUUAUCGAAAUGGGGGAGAAUGAUUGCUAAGCAACAAGAUACUAUUGCUGAAGAGGACCCUUCUGUCAAUGGUGAGGAAGCCGAAGCAGUAAAAUCAAAUCUACAAAAGAGUGACUCCACAGACAGCGGUAUUCUGAAGAGUGACAUACGCCUCGAUCAAAUUGCUGAAACAUCAUUCUCUCCAUCAGUUGGCUCAAAUGUAAAUAUGAAUGCCCUCUCAACUGCAACUGGGCUUUCUCUAACUGUAACGAAUAUAAAGUCUGCCACAAGUACCACAUCUGUAGUUGACCACCAUGAUAAAAAAGCUGAUGUUAGAUACCCGAACGUGGCGGUCUCAAAUACAUCCUGGAGUGCAAGCGAGAGAAAUUUAUCACUUGGGGGUCUCAACAAGCAGGGAAUGCAUGACACUAGUUCUGCAAAAGAAAGAUUUUUGAAUAUUGGCUCUGUGGAGCAACAAGUUGUUCACUCUCUUGAUGAACUGCGAUUGAAUAUCAGGGAUGAGAUAAGGGGAAUUAAUGCACGUAUUGGUCGCUUGGAUGAACAGAUGUCCGAAUUACUCCGUUUGUUUACACCAUCAUCUUCAUCACCUUGCUCCUCUGGGACAAACUUCCCCCCUUCAAAACAUAAUUCACCAAACAGUAAUAGCAGUGGCAACAUGAGUAACACAGCUGCUAUAUCUGGAAGUGGUACAAAUACUUGCAUUACGUCACCAACAAAAAAUUCCUUGUCCUCUUCUCCCCGAAACAGGAACUGGAAUUCAAGCCAUCCAAUCAGAGAAGAGAGUGUAGAUACAAACUGGAAUUCCAUGGAAAAUGUACAUGCAAGUGGAAAAGGAACAAAUGCACCUUCUGGUGAGCAGUUGCUGAAUAUUGAAGUAUUACAGACUCAAAAUCAAACCAGCCAAUCAUCUGUACCUCCAGCCAUGAGCCAGCCAACCAGAGAUGAGAGCAUGGAUUCAAAUUUAUCUGAAAGAGACAUGGCUGCAGGUAAGCCAGAUACUCCAACAAGCAAUAAAUCCAGCAAGUCCUCAAACACAUCACGGAAGAGCAUCCCAAACGAAGGGAAAGAUAAUCACAGUAGCAGUCACAAAACAAAGUCAAAAUUUGAAUGGAAGAAAAAUGAAAAGGGCAAAGAGGAAGAGAGUAAAUUUGAAGAGACUGACUUUGGAGGUCGAAAAAUGUCAGAUGAAGAAGAAAAUAUUCCUUUCAAAGACAAAGACCUUGAUAUCAUGUGA